AUGGCCUACCCGCCCCCUCCAGGUAUCUCCAGCGGAUCCUCCAGCAACACAUCUCAUCCAUCCCUGCCCGCGCGGCCUCCUCCCUCAAAGUCAUCCGGUGGCUUCAAACCCGCCUUCAAGCCUGCCUUCGGAGCGGCAGCAGCACCCGCCGCAUCUUCCUACUCGAGCGCACCGAGCUACGCCAGCGCACCCGCCGCCAACUAUGGCCCUUCGUACCCGUCCUACUCUCAACAUGCCUCGCCCGCCGUAGGCGGCCAGGGACCCUACCAGGCACCUCCUUCAUAUCACCAAUAUCCGCAAGCCGGCGCCGCCACCGGCUACGGCCAGCCGAGCUACUCCGCCGCCCCUUCGACCGCGUCCUACUCCGCCGCGCCGCAGAUCCGCAACCCCUUCCCCAUCCCCGGCGCCGCGGGCCCCGACUACGACCCGGACAUGGCGAUGCAAAUAGCCCAGUGGCAGAGCGCCUACAACUCUAAGGAUGUCUCGUCGGCAGCCGCGUCGGCCACCGGAUCCGGCGCAGCGGGCCGCGGUACGCCCAGCACCGCAGGACCCUCCGACAUCUCCGACCCCGCCGCGGCGGCAGCGGCCGCGAACGCGCCCCCGGAGCGCAAGAAGACCGUCGUCCGCGAGGGCGGCGGCAAGAAGUGGACGGACGACACGCUCGCCGAGUGGGACCCGAGCCACCUGCGCCUCUUCGUCGGCAACCUCGCGGGCGAAGUCACCGACGACUCCCUCCUCAAGGCCUUCUCGCGGUGGAAAUCCGUCCAGAAGGCCCGCGUCAUCCGCGACAAGCGCACCGCAAAGUCCAAGGGCUACGGCUUCGUGGCCUUCAGCGACGCCGACGACUUCUUCCAGGCGGCCAAGGAGAUGAACGGAAAGUACAUCCAGAGCCACCCCGUCGUCGUCCGCAAGGCCAACACGGAGAUCAAGAUCACCAACGUCAAGGAUAAGGACCACCACAACAACCGUAACAAGAAGAACAAGAAGCACUCGGGCCACGGCGGCGGCGGCAACAAGCACGAGAACGGCGGCGGAUACGAGCCCAGCCUCGGCCCCGUGCAUCAUCACGGCGUCACCAAGCCAGGCCAGAAGACCAAGAACGGUCUGAAGCUUCUUGGUUGA